AUGGCUUCAAAGUUUGUUGCAGUGGCUGGUGCCACAGGUGGCCUGGGUCAGCUCGUUGCAAUGGAGCUAGUGAAACGGGGCAUACCCGUCAAGGCCAUCGUGCGUCCUAACACCGACCCAUUGCGCACCGAGAAGCUUCGCAAUGCCGGCGUCACAAUCGCCCCUGUCGACCUAUCUGCGAUACCAACCCUCACUGGCGAAUUAUCCGGGGCGAUUUGUGUUAUCUCCACCCUCCAGGGACUAGGAGAUGUUAUCCAUACUGCCCAGGGAAAGCUCCUUGAAGCCUCCAUGGCCGCCAAAGUGCCUCGAUUUAUUCCGUCAGAUUUCUCGCUAGAUUUCACCAAGACAAAAGUCGGAUCCAACCGCAACUUGGAUCUGCGUCGCAAAUUCCACAAUGAACUGAACAAGUCUGGCAUCGCGUGGACUAGUAUUCUCAAUGGUGGCUUUAUGGACCUCCUGGUCGGUAACUCUCCUAUGAUCAAUCAUAAAAGCCGCACGGUUGCAUAUAUCGGCUCGACAACACAACCCCUCGAUUUCACUACCAUGGUCGAUACAGCUGCGUAUACGGCAGAGGUGGCUAUUGAUCCGAACCCCACACCCAAUUUCCUUCGCAUCGCCAGUCAUACCGCCAAUGUGGAAGAAAUCGCCCAAGCACAGAGCAAUGUUGAGGGUGUAGCGUACAAGCCUUCGUGGAUGGGCACAGUUGGCACAGCGGAGCUCAUGAUUCGUAUUAUGCGCUUCUUUGGUGGCGAGAGUGAUGUUUUCCCGGCCUGGCAGGGAAUGCAGUAUAUGGUGAAUAUGUUUUCGGGUGCUGGGAAGCUUGAGCCGCUUGAUAACAACCGAUACCCUAAUCUGAACUGGACCAAGGUUGGGGAUUUUUUCCGGCAGCACAAAAACCAAAAAUCAGUGGACAAUGUUUGGUCUUGA